CCAAAAAGAUAAAGCCCUGUCAAGCUAAGCUUUUGGGAUUCAAGAGAAAAAAAAAAAUGGGAGUUUUUUUGGUUUUAGGUCAUCAAUGGCGUCCCAUUCCCUUCCUCCAUUGCCCGCCCUGCUCCUCUCCCUCUCCUUCUCCACCUUCUUCUUAUCACCUUCCCUUUUCCUCUUCAUUCUCACCAUUCUCUCUCACUUCGGAUGCCCCUCCUUUUCCUCCUUCUGCUUCAAUUCGGUGUGCUAGUAGUGCCAGGACGCCUGGCCCUGCCUCUGAUGAGAAUGAGAAUAAGGCUGUCCUUGACGCUUUUUUCUUGGGCAAGGCUUUCGCAGAGGCAUUGAAUGAACGGAUUGGAUCUACUGUGGGAGAGAUCUUAAGUGUCGUCGGUCAAUGGCAAGCGGAACAACAAAAGCAAGUGCUGGAUUUUCAGGAUGAAGUACUGGAGAGAGCGAAAAGAGCGAAAGAGCGAGCCGCCCUUGAGGUUACUGAGCCGAAAGGAGAUGUUUCAAAGAGCUUCUCAGGACGAGGAGAUGAUGGUGUGGGUUCGGCUGUCUUACCGCUGACUCCAAACAGAUCCAACCCGGCCAAUGAUCCCUUUCGAGAUAUGUUCAAGGACUGAUAAUAAGGUUGUUAUAAAAUCCUUCCUCUUUAGUUUAUCACCAAAUUAGAACAAAUAUUUCAUAUAUCUGUGGCCCUAGAAGUGUGAACUGUUUUAUACAAGCUCUAUGGAGAAUUUCUUAUGCCUGAUAUAUUUAGCAUUCAAUCA